UGGGUACACCCUGGUGUCCGCUGCGAGGGGGCGAAUGAAGUUUGGUGGCUGAAGAGAAGAAGUGGGGCCGCCCGCCCGCCCGCCCCCUGCGACGAGCUCCUGGCCCCGCCUCCUGGCCCCGCCACAGUUGGCACGGCCUGCUCGCCGGGAGGAGCCCCUCCCUUCCCUGGCUCUGGUGGGGAGCGUGGCGGCGGUUGCUCCCUGCGUAGUUUGAGAGAGCGCUGAGCAGACACCCUCCACACACGCACACGCUCACGCAGAGACACCGGUGCGCGCGCUUCGAACGCUCCUGACUAACGAUGCAGUUUAUGUUGCUUUUUAGUCGUCAAGGGAAGCUGAGACUUCAGAAAUGGUAUGUCCCAUUAUCUGACAAAGAAAAGAAGAAAAUCACAAGAGAACUUGUUCAAACAGUCUUGGCCCGUAAACCGAAAAUGUGCAGUUUUCUGGAGUGGAGGGACCUGAAGAUUGUCUACAAAAGAUAUGCAAGUCUCUACUUUUGCUGUGCCAUUGAAGAUCAGGAUAAUGAGCUAAUAACCCUGGAAAUAAUUCACCGUUAUGUGGAAUUGCUUGAUAAAUACUUUGGAAGUGUAUGUGAACUUGAUAUCAUCUUCAAUUUUGAGAAGGCUUAUUUUAUUUUGGAUGAAUUUCUUUUGGGAGGGGAAGUACAGGAGACCUCAAAGAAAAAUGUUCUUAAAGCCAUUGAACAAGCAGAUCUAUUACAAGAGGAAGCGGAAACCCCUCGUAGUGUACUCGAAGAAAUUGGACUGACAUAAACUUCCUUCUUUGCUGAUGUCUUGUGUGAUGUUUCCGCAUAACUAAAUGUUCACUGCCUUCAUUUAUUGUUAGCUAAUGGUGUUAUGAUGCUAUUUGUCAGUAUUACUGUUCUGCUGAGCUACAUCUUUUAGGCCUACAAGAAAAAAUCCAUUUACUGUAAAAUUUAAAAACAAGGGAAUGAAAGAUUUAAAAACAUUUUUCUGGGAGAAAAGGGAUAUUACAGUGAUUUAAGCCACAGUAAUUUACAAGCAUUGAUGAGUCAUAAAUGGCAAUUUUAGUAAAUAUAUUUUGUAAAAUGCCAUACAUAAUGUAUCAAGUACUGUACAUUAUGUCAUACACUGAAAAGAAACAAUUCCAUAUGGCAACCAGUCGAAAUGUGUUAAUUUGGUUUUGUGUAACCAAAGACUUUUACUAUAAAGUCACCAUUUGUUAUACUCAGUUUAGGUUGUUAGAUUGGGGAGAAACAACUGUUUUGCAGCUGUUCAUAAUACCAAAGAAUUCUAUUGAGAUCUGCAAGUCCAAGAUCUGUUGUGAGAUGUUAGUUGCUUUCUUUCUAGCAACAAGGUUGUAAACAGAACUUGUAUCAGAAUGAAAUUGUACAGUGUGAAAUUCAGCCAGAAAACUGAGUUAAUGUAGAAAGGGAACACCAGCUGAGGCUACAUGGAAUUUUCUUUGUUAAAAAACUUAUUUUUUUACUAGCUUAAAUGCUUUCUUGAUUGCUCAUGUAAUCCUUUCAAAAGUGUAAAGCAGUAUUAAACCAGAAGUCAUUGAGAUAGUUGACAUAAUCUCAAAGGGAAAAAUGUAAGAAGAGAACGUUACAACACAUCUGUCUACCUUUCUCCAAGUAUAUCAACUAUACUUAAACCAGAACUCAAGUAGUUAUUUUGAUAAUCUGACAAUCUGUGUGUUAAUCAUUGUUUUUCAUUUUUCAUUCUACUUUGCAAGGAUAGGUUUACUCCCUAAACCUAUCUUUGAACACUUCUAGUGUGUUCAAAUCUGAACACACUAGAAGCAAACAUUACACACAAACUCUUUAAGUCAUUGGCAUACCUUACCUCAGCUAGUUUUUCAAAAGGCUGCAAAGCUAUGCACACUUUAUUUGGCAGUAAUAAUAAUAAUAAUAAAACAACAACAAUAAUAAUAAUUUAUUAUUUAUACCCCGCCUGUCCAACUGGGUUUCCCCAGCCACUCUGGGCAGCUCCCAACAGAUUAAAAACAGAAUAAAACGUUAGGUCCUAUUGAACAAAGCAGGAUUUACUACCAUAUAAACAUGCAUAGGAUCAGGCAACAUGAACUUCACAAAGUCAAACUCUGUUUUACUCUGCCUUGCAUUUCCCUGCAUGUCCUACACUUCACAUAGUGCAGAACCCCAGUACAGAACACCUGCUGUUGAAAGCAGUGUGACUUCCUGCACAUUGUGUUUGUGUGUGUUACUGCACGCCUUUCCAAUAAUAUGACUAUCAAGUUCCCCUCCUGUGGGUCUAUUUGCUGUGAUUACUGUGUUCCAAAGCAUCCAAAUACUUUAUAAGCUGUGCCAGGCAUUUGAAAGAUCAUGGCUUCAUGCCAUAAUCACAAAGGAGAGGUUAUGAAAAUAUCAUGUUUGCAUAAGAUACCCAGGAACCCUGUUCUACAUUUCACUCACAGAAAAUCUGGAAUGAGUUUCAAGAAACAUUAUAGAGUGGCCCUCUGUGUGAUGUUGAAGUGAUUGAAUUACUUGACAUUUUAAAAAGUCGAAAGCAAUUUUUUUAAUGUGUAUUCAAACCAUGUUUAAGGUUUACAAUGUUGCCUUGUAUGUGCUUGGUUGGAAGCUUUGUUGUGACUGUGACAUAAGCUGUGUGGACACUGUCUUAGUAUCACACCAGUUGAGUUGUAAUAAAUGUUCAUUUUUACUCCA